UUGUAGUUUUUUGGUAGAUAUCAAACCCUUUAUCAGAUAAGGAAGAGCUUAUAUUCUAAGUUUGCCAAAGAUUCUUCUCAUGAAUGAAUGUUAGGUUUUUUCAGACAUCUUUUUUGGCAAGUAUAAUAAGAUGGUCAUACGAUUUUAAUUUUGAUGGUGCUGUAUAUAAGAAACUUCACGUUCCUGAAAUGAACCAAACUUGGUUUGUUUAUUUUCUGGAUUUGAUUUGCAAAAAAAUUUGUUCAGGAGUUUUGCCUUUUUGCUCAUAAGUGAGUUUGACCUGUAAUUUUUCUCUUUUUAUUAUAUGCUUGUCAAGUUCUGAUUUCAGUUACUGGCCUCAUAAGUUUUGGGGGAGGGAGCAUUGCCUUUAUUAUUAUUAUUAUUUGAGAUGGAAUCUCACCCUGUUGCCCACACUGGAGUGCGGUGGCAUGGUCUCUGCUCACUGCAACCUUUGCCUCCUGGGUUCAAGUGCUUCCUGCCUCAGCCUCCUGAGUAGCUGAGAUUACAGGAGCCAGCCACCAUGCCUGGCUAAUUUUUGUAGUUUUUGCUGAGAUGGGGUUUCACCAUGUUGGCCAGGCUGGUCUCAAACUCUUGACCUCAAGUGAUCCACCCACCUUAGCCUCCCAAAGUGCUAAGAUUACAGGCGUGAGUCACCAUGCCCAGCCAGACAUGUCAUUUAUACAGGUGCUUACAGAUUGAUUAAUUUGAGGUCUAGGCUAAUGUGUGUUCCAGACACAAGUUUUCAUUCGACUUGGAGCCAGAGGACACUAGCAAUCCAGGAUCUUACUCCAAGUUCCUGGACUGUGAUGAUAACUGAAGCUGAAGUCUGUGGAGUCCUGUCAGUUUCUAAUUUAUCUUUCUAGAUUCAUAUGCUUUCAGUUACAAACUCCAAAGCUUUAAGUUCUCCAAGUUAUGAAAAAUUUAGAAAAUCCGGUUUUGACCACAACAAAAACAAUCCCCCAAAAACCAAAACUGCAGUUUACCUUUCAGGUAAAAAACUAUUUUGUUUUUCUGGUUUUGUUUUCUUUGCAUCUUAACUUCUCAGAGUAGAUUCCCCCUUAUGCGUGUAUAACUCAUUUUUUUCUUCAUUUAACAUAUUGAAUAAUUUCCCAGCCAUUACAUACUUUAUAACAUGUGUAUAGCUUUUUUGGGAUCACCCUUCAUGGUUUGGGGCUUUUGAACACCUUGAAAUUUUAAAUGUACAACAUUCACCCCUCUAAAUAGCCAUUCAUACUGUGGAUUUGGAUUUGAAUACCUAAACUUUUGUAUAAACAUUUUGAGUUAUUACAUAGGGAUGUUGCCUGCUAGCCAUUGGAUAUUUGCAGUAGUAUUGAACUGUUAUUUGAAUAUUUUACUGCGUUUUGCCCUGAUUUUAUCAGAGUGAAAAAGGAGAGAAAAAUGUUUAUUUUAUUGAUAAGAAGCACAUGGUGAUAAUUGGUGUUUUUUUGGUGUUUUUCUAGGUAGAGUUUCUUUGAACUUAGGCAAAUACUCAGUGGGCUCAAUUAUGUGGAAAAAAUUAAGGAAUGCCGAUAAAAUACUGGAAAUAAAAUUUCAAGGGCGUGUUUCCCCCUAAAACAGUAGAAGUAAUUGGGAUCUGAUAAAUUAUUACUUACUAGUAGCAGAAUCCCCAAAUAACAUGCAUACGUUUGUAAUGGGUUCAUGUUUACAGUUAUACACCUUAUGUGAAAGUAGAGGGCCCUUUUCUUUGCGGAAUCACCAUGGCAGCUGGGACCCUGUACACGUAUCCUGAAAACUGGAGGGCCUUCAAGGCCCUCAUCGCUGCUCAGUACAGCGGGGCUCAGGUCCGCGUGCUCUCCGCACCACCCCACUUCCUCUUUGGCCAAACCAACCGCACCCCUGAAUUUCUCCGCAAAUUUUCUGCCGGCAAGGUUCCAGCAUUUGAGGGUGACGACGGAUUCUGUGUGUUUGAGAGCAAUGCCAUUGCCUACUAUAUGAGCAAUGAGGAGCUGCGGGGAAGUACUCCAGAGGUAGCAGCCCAGGUGGUGCAGUGGGUGAGCUUUGCUGAUAGCGACAUAGUACCUCCAGCCAGUACCUGGGUGUUCCCCACCUUGGGCAUCAUGCACCACAACAAACAGGCCACUGAGAAUGCAAAGGAGGAAGUGAGGCGAAUUCUGGGGCUGCUGGAUGCUCACUUGAAGAUGAGGACUUUUCUGGUGGGCGAACGAGUGACAUUGGCUGACAUCACAGUUGUCUGCACUUUGUUGUGGCUUUAUAAACAGGUCCUAGAGCCUUCUUUUCGCCAGGCCUGUCCCAGUACCAACCGCUGGUUCCUCACCUGCAUUAACCAGCCCCAGUUCUGGGCUGUCUUGGGGGAAGUGAAACUGUGUGAGAAGAUGGCCCAGUCUGAUGCUAAAAAGUUUGCGGAGAGCCAACCUAAAAGGGACACACCACGGAAAGAGAAGGGUUCGUGGGAAGAGAAGCAGAAGCCCCAGGCCGAGCGGAAGGAGGAGAAAAAGGCAGCUGCCCCUGCUCCUGAGGAGGAGAUGGAUGAAUGUGAGCAGGUGCUGGCUGCUGAGCCCAAGGCCAAAGACCCCUUUGCUCACCUGCCCAAAAGUAUCUUUGUGUUGGAUGAAUUUAAGCCCAAGUACUCCAAUGAGGACACACUCCCUGUGGCACUGCCGUAUUUCUGGGAGCACUUUGAUAAGGACGGCUGGUCCCUGUGGUACUCAGAGUAUCGCUUCCCUGAAGAACUCACUCAGUCCUUCAUGAGCUGCAGUCUCAUCACUGGAAUGUUCCAGCGACUGGACAAGCUGAGGAAGAAUGCCUUCACCAGUGUCAUCCUCUUUGGAACCAACAAUAGUAGCUCCAUUUCUGGAGUCUGUCUCUUCCGAGGCCAGGAGCUUGCCUUUCCGCUGAGUCCAGAUUGGCAGGUGGACUACGAGUCAUACACGUGGCGGAAACUGGAUCCUGGCAGCGAGGAGGCCCAGAUGCUGGUUCAAGAGUACUUCUCCUGGGAGGGGGCCUUCCAGCAUGUGGGCAAAGCCUUCAAUCAGGGCAAGAUCUUCAAGUGAACAUCUCUUGCCAUCGCCUUGCUGCCUGCACCUGCCCUUCAGGGAGAUGGGGGUCAUUAAAGGAAACGGAACAUUGAA